ACCUCCACCUGGGACGUCGCCGUCACGUCCUUCCCCUGCGUCGUCGAAGCGCCUUCGUCCCGAGCGGCGCGGGCAGUGCUUCCCAAACCGCAGUAGCCCGCUUGUCUCCCAUGUAAGCCGAUGUGACGUGAAGAUCUACAGGGAUCCCAUCUGAUCUUGAAAACUGUACCAGGUCCUUGGGGGGAAAAAACUACAUGACACUGCAUCAUGAGUGAGAAUAAAUGUGAUAGUCAAUUUUACAGUGUUCAAGUCGCAGACUCAACUUUCACUGUACUAAAACGUUACCAGCAAUUGAAGCCCAUAGGAUCUGGGGCUCAGGGCAUUGUUUGUGCUGCAUUCGAUACAGUCCUUGGGAUAAAUGUUGCUGUUAAGAAGCUGAGUCGUCCUUUUCAGAAUCAAACACAUGCAAAAAGAGCUUACAGAGAGCUUGUUCUUUUAAAAUGUGUCAAUCACAAAAAUAUAAUUAGUUUAUUAAAUGUAUUUACACCACAGAAGUCACUAGAAGAAUUUCAAGAUGUGUAUUUGGUUAUGGAGCUGAUGGAUGCCAACUUGUGUCAAGUUAUUCAUAUGGAAUUGGACCAUGAAAGAAUGUCCUACCUUCUGUACCAGAUGCUGUGUGGUAUCAAGCACCUCCAUUCAGCUGGUAUCAUCCACAGAGAUUUGAAACCCAGCAAUAUAGUAGUCAAAUCUGACUGUACCCUGAAAAUCCUUGAUUUUGGAUUGGCAAGAACAGCAUGUACUAAUUUUAUGAUGACACCAUAUGUAGUAACACGGUAUUACAGAGCACCGGAGGUUAUCCUUGGCAUGGGAUAUAAAGAGAAUGUUGAUAUCUGGUCAGUUGGGUGCAUCAUGGGAGAAUUGGUGAAAGGUUGUGUGAUAUUCCAAGGCACUGAUCAUAUUGAUCAGUGGAAUAAAGUUAUUGAACAGCUAGGAACACCAUCAGCAGAAUUCAUGAAGAAACUACAGCCUACUGUAAGGAAUUAUGUAGAAAACAGGCCGAAAUAUCCAGGUAUCAAAUUUGAAGAGCUCUUCCCAGAUUGGAUAUUUCCAUCAGAAUCUGACCGUGACAAAUUAAAAACAAGUCAAGCUAGAGAUUUAUUAUCCAAAAUGCUGGUGGUAGACCCUGACAAACGAAUUUCUGUAGAUGAAGCCUUACGUCAUCCAUAUAUCACAGUUUGGUAUGACCCAGCUGAAGCAGAAGCACCUCCUCCUCAGAUCUAUGAUGCACAAUUAGAAGAAAGAGAACAUGCCAUUGAAGAAUGGAAAGAAUUAAUAUACAAAGAAGUAAUGGAUUGGGAAGAAAGAAGCAAGAAUGGUGUGGUAAAAGAUCAGCCCUCAGAUGCAGCAGUGAAUAGCAACACCAGUCCUUCCCAGUCAUCAUCUAUCAAUGACAUUUCAUCCAUGUCAACAGAGCAAACGUUGGCUUCAGAUACAGACAGCAGCCUCGAUGCCUUGACAGGACCCAUUGAAGGAUGUCGAUGAUCAGCCAGGAUUGCAGACUUGCGAUUGGAAAAGAACUCUUGCUUCCAUUGGGCCUGAAUUGCUUGUAAGUUAAUGGAACCAAGUAGAGAAACUCCAUGUUCUGCAUGUUCCACUGAAGUCAUGCCUGUGUUUUUACUCAGCUGUUAUAAGGCUGCCUGCUUAAUGUUGUAGAAUGAAAAGAAAUUGAUAUCUAAAGAAGAAAAAAAUUACAAGUUAAACACUACAAUAGGCGUUUUUGUUUCAGCCUAUUUCAGGUGAGCAGUUACAGUAGAUUCAUACCAGAUAAACUCCUCCUAAAUGAGUUCAUGGAUCUUCUGUCCCAUUCAGUAGACUUCUGUAACACACAAAUUGUUCAUUAGUAGGUCUUUUGAAUGCGUAUGCUCUGUAUAAUUUGCUUAAAUGUGUGACUACAGAAAUUUGUUCUAUUUAACUACCAGUAUGUUAUAUGUAUGAGGGUUAUCUUACCUAUUGAACAUUUGAAGUACUGUAUUCAAAGGCAAUUUUUCUUCCAUUGUAGCACUUUUUUUUUUUUUACUAUUGAGCCCUUUCCCUCCUUUCUGUCCUCAUCUCCCGAUACUUCUAUGCAUCUUCUUCUAGAAGAGACAAAAUAGUGAUCUUUAAAGAAAAAAACCCAUCAUUUUUGUAUUUUACAUGUGAAUAUGACUGAUUUUUUGAAUGUCUUUCAAUUAUUUAAAUUUUAGUUAGAAAUAAUAUGGGUUAACUUGACCUUGAGGAAGGAGUUGUUUUUUUCUUGAAUGACUACUCCCUGGUAUAUCUGUGAAGCAAUGUCUCUUUUUAAAGGAAAAGGUACUGAUUUUUUUUUUUUUAUUUUGUUUUCUGGUUUAUACGUUAUUUUGGUUCUUUCUUUUAAUUGGUAAAAACUUUUGGAAAUGAUAUAUUCGUUACUUUUCCUUUAAAGAACAAAGGGACACGGUGAUACUUUUCAUUUAGUUCCUCCCUUUGUCUCAGAACAAAUUCAGAGACAGUAGAGAAAUUUGAAGUUUGUGACCUCAAGAAUUACAUGGAUUUUUUUCCCCACUUUUUCUGGGACCAUUCUAUAGUGUAUAUAUUUUUAAAAUAUGAUAGUCCUUUUGACUGAUUUGAUGGGGUUUGUUAUGUUUAUUUCCAUAAGCCUAAUCUCCAUUUCAAGAUUAAACAUAAUUCUGGAUCUUCAAUUAAAAUGAAAUAUUUAUGCUGAAGCUUUUUUUUUUUUUUGAUGUGGCAUCAUGGGAGAAGGAGGAGUUUUAAUACAGGCUUAUCCAGGCCAUUUUCAGAUUAAGGUAACACAGACAUUGCCUUCUGCGUUGCACUAUCUUGACUUAUUAGAAAAUAUAUGCAGUAGAGUAGUGGCUUAAGUUAUAGAAUAUUAUACAAUUGUGCAUUUGCAAACACAGAAAUGCAUGUUUGCUUUAGAGUGCACAAGUGUAAAAAAUGCUUAGCUAACGAUUCUUUCUGUGUGCAUGUAUGUGAAGUAAAACUUUGUAAUAGUAAGAAAAAUGUCCAAUAUGAGGCGAAGCAUAUCAUUUUCAUAAAUACAGAUACUGAAGAUUUGAUUAUAUAAAAAGAACAUGUACAAUUUGUUCGCUAAACUAACAAAAUAUACUGUGACUGAACUGAAUCGUCCAGUACACAGUUGGGAAGAGAGAGAGAAAUAUAUAUCAUUUGCAGACUUAUCUGAAAAUCAGAUUUUUUCCCAAUAUUUGAAUGGUUUUGCAUUAAGAAUAUACACUGGAAAGUUUUCAAGUAAUUUAAUUUACAAUAGUAAAAUGUUAGGGGUCUAGAGUAUGACCUAUCAAAAUAGAAAAACUGGGUAGAAACGCCUCUGUAUGAAUUCAGAUCAGGCAUCUUGGGUAUUGUUUUUUUCUUAAGUAUAAGCGCUGGGUUUAAUUUUAGUUUUGUAUUUUUUUUUAAUUGAAAAAUACGGACAAAUUUUGUAUGCAAGACCAGACCCCCAAUAUAAACAGAAGUCUAUCUAAUAUUUUUUGUCAUUGGAGCAAACCUUUGGUAAAAAUGCUUUUUUUUUUUUUUUCUUCCCUCCCUCCACUGCACAAUUCGGUGUUUUCUCUAUCCGUUGAGUACUAGCUCAUUCAAAUACCAAGGUGUCUAGCAUAUAGAAUGUGCUCUAGUAAUAUCAGAUUAUCUUACUUUCUUCCAUCCUGUUCAGAUCUUGCUAAAAAGUACAUUGACAUUGAAAAAUGCCUCUCACUCUUUUGACAACAAGUGUUAUCUCAUUCCAGAGAUACCUACGCUUCACUGACUUCACAUUGGGUUCAGUUGUCUGGACCAAGAUUUUAAAAAAGUGACUGGUUGUUUUUUGGUGUGAAGCAUGAAACAUUGAUAAAUGGCCUGAUUUUUUUUCUUUUCCUGAGGGUAGGUCCUCAGCGCUGUCUGAAAAUCUCGUCCUUUUGAGAUGUCUCAAGUUGGGUACCCAAAACCAUUAAUUGCUUUUGAAAAUGUUGUCUUUAGUAUUUGCAAAUAAUUACUUUCUUAUUGAGCCUGAGACUUAAGGGCCUAAAAUCUCUAAAGCAGCGUACUGAAUCUGCUGCAGCAACCAGCGCAUGGCAAAUGUACUCAAGAAAGGUAUCUUGGUAAUAAGAAAAUGAUUUGUUAAUAGUUUCCCAGUCUUGUUUUAGGCCUGUUUGUACAAUUUCUCACUGACCAUUUUAUAAUCUGUGAUUCGCUUGUGGGAGUGGCCUACUGGAUAUGUCCAUUUCAAGAUGAUACCAAAAUCAGCUUGGUUUUCCAGUCUGUUAUGUAAGACCUGCUUGGGCUACCUCUGGUGUAACUUAUUCUAGAGCAGCUUGGCCUGUAACAGGUGCUCAGUUCUGGCCUGCAGGCCAGAUUCAGCAUCUGGUGCCGUAUCAUCCAGCCUGCAGGAUUCCCAAUGGAUCCUUGAGGAGACCCAUGGACUGGACUGUGGCCCUGCAUGCUAGAUUGGGCACGUAGGGCAGCACGGGAUCUAAUCUUGAUGCCACAGGUCCAAUCCCAGCAAGUAGGAGCAGUGCGGGCCCCAGGGUCUGAUCCUGCCAUGUGGGAGCAGUCUGGGGCCUUGGGGCCUGAUCCCAGCACAUAAAGUAUGACCUGGCCCAUGGAUUGGCUGCAUACUACUCAUGGGGCCAAAAGGUUUAGUGCCCUUAGCCUACAAGGUUUGGUCUGUUCUGUAUACCUUGAAUGAACCCCCAUUUAGAGUGGGGGUUCAUACUGGAUUCAACUCAUAGUUGUUAUAAUUUAAAAAAAAAUCCAUCAUUUGAGUCAGUAAUGGAGCUUUUUUACUUCGCCUCAUUUUGAAAAUGUACUCUUAAUCUAAAAUUCUGCUUUUGAUUCUGUCUGCCAUUUCCCAUAAUCCUCAUUAUAGUAAAAGAUGGAUCAUAUUUAACACUAAUUUUCAUUGUUCUUUGCUUAUGGUAUAAUUGGAAUCUUCAGUUGUGACUGGGGACAAUAACUUUCUUGAUGAGAUGCAUAAGUUUUAACGUCUGCAUAUUGUAAAUUGGAGUAGAAUAUGGAAGGAAACAGUUGUUUGUAAAUUGAACCAUAGCUUAAGGAAACCCUAUGUCAGAUAUGCACUUGCAGUAACAAAAAUGCAUAUAGGACAGCACCUCUAGCCCUGUGUGCAUCUGCACACAUACAUAGAGAAUGUGCAUGUAGAACAUAUACUCUGCAAGCAGAUUUUAUACAUAUGUGUUGUCCCGACUCUGAUAAUUAAACUCAGUAUCUAGUUUUGAAUCUGAUUCACUGACGUACAAGAACCUGAUCAUCACUGAUGGAAACCAAUAGUCACAUGUGUAAUCUUGUAAAAGGUUUAAAAGGUUAGAAAUGUUGUCCAUAAUCUUUGCAGUAUGAUAAUGUUUCUUUCUUAUAUAAAUCAGGUAUAUAUGAGUGAUGCGGUCGAGCAUUUUUGUGCACUUUGGCAUUUAUGAAUAUUAAUAUUUUUUAAAAUACCUAUGAGUGUGCAUGUGUGUAUGUAAAAACUACCCAAUUGAUUCUGUAAACAGGAAUGUUGCUUUUCUGUAUGACAAACUUUUCAUAUAAUGUUAAUAAUGCUGUAGCUCGCACACAUUCAGAAUCAUGGAAUAUUGACUUAAAUAUAAUUGGUGGUCAAUAAACUGUGACAAUUUAGGUAUCUAACUGCUCACCUGAAAAAAGAAGAGGGAUAUUUGGCUAAUAAUGUUCAUAUUAUAUACUAUAAACAUCAUUUUAAAUAUGUAAACACUGAGUAGCUGAAUGGCAUUGCAGAAAUGGAGUGUGUUUAAAAAGUUGUCAUUUCAUCUUUGCUCAUAUCAUUGUUCCUCAAAAAUGACUAAACAGAAGCCAAGUGUUUUGAGAGCUGAAUGGACAGUGUCUAGAAUGCACUUUGAGGAAAUACUCUGAUAUGAAAGGUUUUGUUGUUUUUUUAUAAACUAUGUCAAAAUAAGGCUUUGUCUGCACAGAUCACACAAAAUAGACCAGUCUAACUACUGGAAACCGAAAUUUGCAAGCAGCCUUUGAAGUUCGUUGCAUCUUGCUUCUGGUAAGGAUUUAAAUUUCUUUAUCAAGCAAUACAAAAUGAAUUCAAAUUCAACUAGAAUCAGACACUAGUUUGUUGCCAAGACGCAAAAACCUGUUAGGGACCAGAAUAUUCUUUUGUUUUGUUAUUUUUUUUUUUAAUCCUUACAGAAUGUCUGUUUAUUCAAAAUUAUGUAACAGAGUAUGAUCCCUCCUUCAAUUUCUGUUCCAAAGGAAAGACUUCAGAUGACCUUCUGCUAAAGAUUAAACCCGUUUCCUUUUUGGAUCUGGGUUCAUAGAAUUUUUAGCAUGAGCUUAUUUUAGGAAUAGGAUGAGGUUUAGAAGUUCAAAUUAAAUAGGUCUCCAGGAAUAGAGUUGAGGGGCUCAUCUCAAUGUGAGAGAAAUGCACUGCUCUGAUUUGGCAUGCAUUAUAAACUCUGGGAAAAAUUCCUCAGGUGUUCAAGUGCAGACAAAUCUUUACUGAACAUAAUGCCAUGGUGGAAUAUAGGUUCAGUCUUGCAGCAAUACAGUUAGUGUGAGGUGUUUCAUUUUGGUUGUGAAACUUAGGAUGGAAAUACUUUAAGUGAAGAAACACUGAGCAGCCUUUGUCUGUAAAUUCUACACGUAUGUAAUAUGGAUUCUAUCAGGGCUUGAUGCUAAACAUAGUGAUACUAUGUACUUGGAGCCAAAUUUUUUCCUGACAUGCAUACGCUGUGGCUUUCAUUUGAAGAUAAUGCAUUGUGCACACCUGUAUCCAAGUGCAAAAUUUGGACUUCAGUUAAGUUCUCAUAGCUGAAUUCCUGAUUUUAGAAAUUUCAUUUUUUUUCACCAUGAACAUCCGUCAGUUCAUUUUAACAUUGAGGUAGGGCAGAAAUAAACAUAUUCAGGCUCAUUAUCUUAAAUGUGUAUUAUUUUAGAUUGUCCAUCACAUGAUGAGUAGAACUGUUUUAAGUAAACUUUAAUAACACAGAACUGUUAACUCACUUUGCACGCUAAAAACAUCAGGAGCUAAGCAAUGUUAGCAUUUUUAAGCAAGCCAUCUUUUCUCUUAAUAUUUGCAUUUGAGAAAAGCGGAAGUGCAACAACCCCCCAUUUCACGUGUGUUCUAAAAAAUGAUCACAUUUAUUUUUGUAGCUAAAAUUCUGGUUGUGGAUUUUGACCCCACAAACUUCCUGUGUGGACAUAGAAAUAUAUCUGGGUCUAGUAUUUCAAUCAGUAUAUGUAUUAAAAAAAGAUUAGGUAUAAAGUUAAAACAAUAAAAUGCACUCUUUGGAGCUUUGUUACCAAAAACUUGGCAAAGUAUUUUGGUCCUAAAAGCAGAAUAUAGAAAAUGCAUUUAAUAUUUAAGUUUUUACUCUUUUAUGCUGCUGCUUAAUUUUUGAUAAGGUGCUUGCAAUUUUGCACAAUAAAAUAAUAAAUUCUUUUAAUUGCUGUUUUGAAGCACUUUAGGAUUCUUCUAAACACAACCAUGACGUUCUGUUUUUACAUUGUUUUACAUACUAAAGUUGUUUAACGUGUUUUAAAUCUUAAUGUUUGUGACCCUACAAUUAAGAUUGAAUCAGCAUGUCACACUUUAUAUAUAAAAAUAUUUUCAGAGAUUUAAAUUUUUGGACGUUUUAAGGGCUAAAACUUAAUAUGCUUUCAGAUGACAGUUGGGAAGCACCUUUGCCCUAAAUAUGUCUAAAAUGGUUAGAUUAGCAGUGUGUUUGCUUGUAUAGAUUGUAGAGUUGCUUGGUUCUAAUAUCAGGAUCAGUGAAAAACACCAGGUCCUUUUAUUGAAACCAGAAUUUGUUAUUAAUCCAUAACUGUUCUUCAGAAGUUAGUUCUUGCUAUUUAGUAUUUAAAUUAUGCGCAUGCUCAGACCCCCCCGCCAGUAUUGGGGUUUCAU